AACUGAGUAGAAAGUAUCCUGCUACACGAAGUAUUCCAAUUCUAACUACACAAGCAGCACCAGGAGUAGUGCUAGCUACAGGGAAUAUGGGCCGGAAUCUGCAAACUAAGACGAGUGUUUACAUGUCAGCGGAUGCAGGCUUAUCCUGGCAUCAGGUUCUUCAGGGUAACUAUUAUUACAAUAUCGGCGAUCAUGGCGGAGUUCUUGUGGCGGUUAAAUACUUUAAAACUGAAGGAUUUACUAAUGAAAUCAUGUACUCUACUGACGAGGGACUUAAUUGGAAAUCUCAUCAGUUCUAUCCAACACCUAUGAGGAUAUUUGGUUUGAUAACUGAACCGGGAGAGAACACAACAAUCUUCACAAUGUUUGGGACAAAAUUUCAACCUGGGAAACCUAUAGACUGGAUCAUUAUAAAGGUUGAUUUAUCGAGUGUAUUCAAGAGGAAUUGUACAGUCCAAGAUUACAAAGAUUGGUCCCCGAAACCCCCAGAGUCCUACUCGGAGGACGGAUUGAUGUCUAAGUGUGUCCUGGGGCGGAGGGAUGUAUAUCGGCGGAGAUCACCCAAGGCUGAUUGCUUCAAUGGCGAGGACUACACCAGGGCGAAGAGAAUGGAGGUGUGCGAGUGUACUCACUUGGAUUACAGAUGUGAUUUCGGAUAUAUCCGUGACUCUGGUAAACUGUCUGGAUGUAUAAAGGAUCCAGAGUUUAAUAUUCAUCCUCCUGGAAUACCUUCACCCUGUCCCCAGAAUACAUUCUAUAAUAUCAGCAAGGGAUAUGUCAAGGUGACCGGAAAUGUUUGUGAAGGUGGACAAAGUUCUAGAUACGAACCGGAAGUACGGGCCUGUCCAUUUGAUAUCAAUGGACAUGAGACGUAUAUGCUGGUGGCACAGAGAACCAAGAUAGUCAAGGUUUCUUUGAAGGAGAACAAUUCUACUGUGGAAACUCUUCCCCUGGUUGGUAUUCAGAACGUGAUCGCUAUGGAUAUGGACUACGCUAGUGAGUGUGUAAUAUGGGCGGACAUGAACACAGAUGUUAUAAACAAACAGUGUUUGACUAAUUCAAGUCAGGUUGAAGAGCUCGUUGGGUCAGGUCUCAGCUCCGUCGAAGGAAUGGCGUUCGAUCAGAUCUCCAAGAUUCUCUACUUUGUCGACGGGUUCAAGAAAACUAUCGAGCUCGUCAAGACUGACGGAUUACCUACCGGACACAGGAUAAGGAAGAUUAUAUUGACGCGUGCACAGCUCGGUCACACCAGCAAACCCAGAGGUAUAGCUCUGCAUCCUAAGCAGGGAUACAUGUUCUACACUGACUGGGCAGAGAAGGCAGCUUGUGUGGGCCGAGCACUGUUGGACGGAUCUAAUCAUUCUAUUAUUAUCAAUUCGGUCAAUCAGAGGGGGAUGAUUCAGGUUAAAUGGCCGAAUGGUAUAACGGUUGACACAGUAUCUGAGCGCGUGUACUGGGUAGAUGCCGCGCUGGAUUUUAUAGCCAGCUCAAAUCUUGAUGGCAAUGACUUUAAGAAGGUUGUGUUUAACCAGCUUGAAGUUGCACAUCCCUUUGCUGUAUCAGUGUUGAAGGACGAGGUGUAUUGGGACGACUGGACGAGGAAAUCAAUCUACAGUGCAAACAAGGACCGAGGGACAAAUAUCAGGCUUAUACAGACAGAUUUCCCAGGUGCUAUGGAUCUGAAGGUUUACUCCCCCCACCUCCUGACAGAACAGAACUCCUGCUCCUCCCACUCCUGUUCUCAUCUAUGUAUCUCUCUACCCCCCGGCCUGGAACACAAGUAUAAAUGCCUGUGUCCGGAUGGAAUGAAAGCAAAUGGAACAGGAACAGGAACAGUAUGUAUCUGUCCGGACAAUCAGGAACUUCUUCCAAAUGGAACAUGUUCAGCCGCUAAGGUUGGCGGAAGCUGUGAUCUUGAACAACAGUUUCAAUGUAACAACAAUCUAUGUAUCCCCAACCUAUGGAAGUGCGACGGUAGCAACGACUGUGGAGAUAUGUCCGACGAAAACGACUGUUUCAAGGACCAAUGUCCCGGCAAUAAGUUCCAAUGCGAGAAUAAGAAAUGUAUUCCGGCACACUGGCGCUGCGACAACGAAAAGGACUGUGCUGACGAAAGCGACGAACUAAACUGUCCCCGAACGGAUUGCGACCAUGCGACACAGUUUAAAUGUGCCAAUGGACAAUGUAUAAACAAGAAGUGGGUUUGUGACCUAGAGAAGGAUUGCUACGACGGCAGUGAUGAACUGAAUUGUACCAAGGAAGGAACAAAGUGCAAAGAUGAUCAGAUGCAAUGUGAAAUAGGAGGUUCCUGUCUUCCCUCUGCCUGGCGAUGUGACGGAGACGAGGAUUGUCCGGGAGGCACUGACGAGCACAACUGUACCAUCGACGAGGCAUGUCAAGACUGGCAGUUCCGGUGUGACAACCAUCAUUGUAUAUUCUCUACCUGGAGAUGUGACGGUCAACCCGACUGUGUAGACGGUAGUGAUGAGAAGGAUUGUAAUAUUACAGCUGAUCCUCAACUUCCACCUCCCCAGCCUAACUUCCCCCAGGGGAACUGUAAUGAUUGGAUGUUUAAGUGUGGAUCAGGACAAUGUAUUCCCUUCUGGUGGAAGUGUGAUGGAGUCGAGGACUGCUCGGACGGAACAGAUGAAGAGAACUGUGGAGAGGAUUCUAUUAAACCAAACCUUACUCCAGGUAACCGUACAGGAGAUGAACCAGCUGUAGUCGGUUGUCCUACCAACAAGUUUCAAUGUUACAACGGAAACUGUAUUUGGUCUGCCUGGCUUUGUGACGGAGACCAAGAUUGUACUCAAGGAGAGGAUGAGGACAAGGAAAUGUGUAAGGACAAGGUCCGCUGUAUACCAGGACAGUUCUUAUGUAAGCUGACCGGGGGCUGUGUGUCCUUAACAGCUGUAUGCGACGGAAAACAGGACUGCGACGACGGCUCGGAUGAACAACAGUGUCGCGAGCUGCCGACAUCAGAUGACGAGAUUCAUGUCGGCUGUGGUGUCGAUGAGUUUAGCUGCGACAGGGGUUCUGUCUGUUUACCGUGGAAGCAUAAAUGUGACGGACAUUUCGACUGCAGAGACGGAAGUGAUGAAGAGCUCUGUGAGCACUGGGGGGAGGAUAUUGCUAUAGCUAUGCUAGAACCUGUUGAUGAAGAUGGAACAGAUCACAGUGUUAGGGUACGAUGGUGGCCAAAAAGUGACCUGGUCGGAAACGCAACAAUGUUUGUUUACAAACUAUCUUACACAAUACAAGGAUUGAGUAGCUGGAGGAACCUGACUGAGGACUGGGUGUCUAGGGAGGAUUGGGAGGAUACUGUAGAUAACCUUCUCCCUGGGACAGAGUAUCAGAUCAGACUCUUCGUUAAAAACUCUCAGACAGGACGUGAAUACCAUCAUGCCCCAGUAUGUUCUACCCAGACCCUAGACGGUGUUCCUACCCCACCUAGGGAUCUGAGUAUAGAACAGAAAGGAUCUGGUGUACAACUUUCUUGGAAACCACCAGCUGACCCUCAAGGGACCAUCACACACUAUAAGGUGACUGUAUCCCAUAAUGGGAACAUGUACACUAGUGCUGAUAUAGAAGUAAAGGAUCCACUUCAGCCAAGCUCUGCAGGGUUCGGGGGACUAGAGUCAGGAAGUCAGUUCACCUUUCAGGUGUACGCAAUGAAUAAGGUUGCUUUGAGUUCUGCAAGUGAACCUUUAGAGUUUACUCUUCAUCAGGAGAUUGAGACUAUAACUAUUCUCCAGGUAACUGAGAGUAUGAUCAGAUUAAACUGGAGUUCCAUCCCUGAAAUAUCUGAGUACUACAUCAAGUUCCAGACUGUAAACCAGCUUGAUCAGGGUACCAACGUGAACUCUACGCAGACUAAGAUAUCUCUGGUAGGACUAGCCCCUGGUACAAAGUAUACUGUUUAUAUCUCAGGAAUCACUGAACAUGGAUUAACGCUUCCUAAACUGAUUGAGGUUAAGACGGAGGGACUCCCCCUGCCUGCUCCAACAAUACUAGAAGACGGAACAGCUUUGCUCCCUGAUAAUCCAACCAGUGUUAAACUUGUCUGGUCUAUUCCUUCUCCGAGUGCCAAGGUGUACACCUACGCUGUGUGGUAUGGAGCUUCUCUACGUGAACUAGUAGAAGGAGGACCUCGUCUUACCUUUAUAGAAUCCCACGGUACUGUCGCAGAUCUAGAUGCGUGCACUGAUUACAUAUUCGCCGUGGCAAUACUCUCCGCCAAUCACUCCGCCGGUAUUGGGCCUAUGUCCAACAAGAAAACUGUCAGGACUGAGUACAGUAUGACUGCUGUUCCUAAGAAUGUAGGUGUAGAGGGUAACCUUGUAACCUGGGAGUCCCCGUGUUCCAGCCUCGAGAACGAGGUCGGGUACACCAUCACCAUCCUCGAUACUACUACCGGCAAAUCAUCAUUUACAUCAUUAGCUGGAACGAGGAACAGCACUAUCAGCCACUACGUGAACAACCUAAUUCCUGGGGCGACCUACUCCGUCACUAUCUCACAGAAUCAUAAGAACGCCAAGAAGGCGGUUCCCGUCCUCAUGUACGGACCGGUGAUACCGCCACCCACCGCCGUUUACGCCGAUUUCGCAAAUCGUUCACUGACGGUCCACUGGGGUAAGGAAGGGGCUGCUAGGAAUGAUGAUCAGUUUACAGUUUUAUUAUCGCCAUCAGAGGAUUUAUCAAAAGGCUGCCACAGUUCUCCCUGCACCCUUUGUUUCCCAACAGUAAAGAGUCCGUUCACGAUUCAUCGAUCUGAGAUUAUGAUAGAAUUUUCUAAGGAUCCUCACUGUAAGAUAACCGAGUGUCAGGUGGCGGUUGCAACUGUUAAGUCUGUGAAUCAAUACGAAUACAUGUCCGCCUGGGUUCGAGCCUCUAGAUUACUGGUUGAUAUCUCCGAGGAGCAUCAAGGGGAGAUAGUGAUCGAGGAAUCCAGCGCCGUCGGAACCGUGAUCGGAGUCCUCUUCGUGAUUGCUAUUCUUGUCUCAGCUCUCGGAUAUUUUAUGUUCAAACACAGGAGGCUUAGAAGAACUAUUCAGGAAUAUGCCGCGUCCCAUUACAGUAGCGCCACUGGUCAUGCGACUUUACUGGAUGAAGACGACGAGAGUCCAAUUAUUCGUGGAUUUUCGGACGUCGAACCACUCGUUGUUGCCUAAAAAAAGAGAGAUUGAGAAAAGGCUUGAACACUGUGAUAUUAUUGUAGCGAACCAAAGCACGAAGUUGUUUCUAAAAUUCGAACUUAUUGUUUUUCAAAAACGUUUAAUUACACUUUUUAAAAGCUUAUUUUUACAUAAGAAAUAUAUUUAAAAAGUAAAGAACAAUUGUCUGUAAAAUAUGUUGGUUCCUGUAAGUGUGUUUGGCACAGUUCCUAAAAUACUGUACACGGAUAUAUGUCCAGCCAUACAGAACUGUACAAGGGUACAUGUCCAGUCCUUCAGUACUGUACAAGGGUACAUGUCCAGCCAUAUGGUACGGUACAAGGAUACAUGUACAGUCCUACUAUACGGUACAUGGGUACAUGUAUAGCCCUACGCGGCAUUUCUAAUAAUCCUGCUCACAAUAAAUUCCAUUCAUACAGCUUAUGAUUAAAUAAAUUAAUAUUUAUACAUUUUAAUUGUAAAAUGUUCACAGUUUUUAAGGAUCAUGUAUUUUUAAACUUCUAGAUAAUUAUUCCUUGCCUAAAAUGGUUGAAUAUUUGCGUACGGCAUUCGUUGUGAAAUUCAGAUUUAUAUUUUUAGAAAUCAUGUGAUUCUAGUUUAGCAUUUCAAAUUAGUUCAUGUGUGAAUUGUUUCUAUUCACUGCUCUUAUUAUAUUUUAGUUGGUCGAGAUUCUUACUUUUAAUAUUAAUGCCUUUCCAAACAUUAAAUUUAUUUUCCAAAUUAAUGUCGAUUUAGUUUGUACAUCUUAAACUUUAAGAUUUCAAAUGUAAAAGUACCAUGUGAUAAAGCUCAGUGAAAUUAUUUUCAAAUAUUUAAAAAAAAAAUAAUUUUGAUUUGAAAUUUAAAAAGCAACAAUUUCACUUAUCUAGUUAUUUAUACAGCACGAACAGUAGUGAUUAUAUGAGCUUAGGUAGUUCCAGGGGGAGCAAGUUUGAACAUGUGAUUUGACUCAAAAAUGGCGCUGUGUAUACAGAAAACAUGGUUUUGAACAGGAUCCCUCUGUAUUACUAGUGUUAUAUUACUAUUUAAUCAUGUCAUUGUAAAUACUAUUAGUUUCGGAAAAUAAAGGAUAUCAUAUUUAAAA